ACAGCUCAGCCGAGUCUGCUCCCUAUACCCGCACAUAUCGACGAGAACGAGUUUAGUUGUUUUUCGACAGGGAAUACAAGUUUUCUUGAGGGUUCAAUUUUUGCUUAUCUGGCUUUGAGGGGCAUAACGGAGCCACUCAGGAUGUCGGAACUUUCCGUGAAUGACCAUCUCGAAGGGAUUUUAUCAGAUUUUGAAGCCCUGAAGAGAUCCUUCGACAUUGAAGAUGUGGAUGACAUACCAUCUUUCUCCUCAGCUUCACCCAUCUCCACCCCUGUGUCUCCCUCAUCUCCCCAUUUCUUCCUCCACCAAAACAAAGCCAGCGAGGGGCGGGGAGGUGGCCAGUCCCCUUCAUUAGCCUUCAACAACAACAACAACAGCCUGGGCUCCACAGGCCACCACUCACGCAUCAGCCUGAGUUCCAAUCCCAGUCCAGCGCUCAAGUCCCGUAGUGUCGUCAGCAGCCUGUCCUUCAACCGAGGAACCAUGAACAAGUCGGCCAUCCACAACAACGGUUCCUCUGUGACUAGAGCUGCAUCCUUCCAGAGCAGGUUAAACCCCAAUGGUUACUCCACUUUGUCCGGGCCAGGUAGUGACAAUGACAGCCUUCACAGCUCCACGUCCAGCUUGGAGUACUCUGGAGGAGGUGGAGGCGCUCUCUCUUUUACUAAGCUUGGGCCAUAUCUCAGCCCUCCACCUCAGGGGGAGUACCACCGAACCCAGCCACAGCUCCCACAACAGCACCGAGAGGGAAGUGCCAGCUUGGGAAGCAACCCCAACCUGAAAAAGUUUUCCUCGCAUGGGAGUGUUUUCCACUCCGAGAUCGACCAGGGGCCAAGGAUGAUGCUGGGUGCUCCAGAGCCUCUUGGGGUGACCCAUGGCUCCAUGCCCAGCCUUGAUCUCCAAAUUCGUGAUGGAGCUGGAGGAAUGUCUUCGAGGUUGAGGUAUGGCAAUGCUAAUGCCAACUGGAAUGAGCAUCUUAAUGAUACCAGUUCCUUUGGGCAGGAGGGCUACUCUGGCCCCAAAAACCACUACCAGCAGCAAGGAUCUCAAGUCCUCAAGGCCCCCCAGACCAAGGCUAAAGAGUCUCCACGUCUCAACAAGUUUCCCUUGGAUCUGGAUAGCUUGGUAAGCAGCCCCUCAGCCACUUCUCCCACCAAGGCUAAAGGAGGAUCCAUGAGCCCCAAUCCUCCCAAGCCUCCACCAAGGAACCACACCAGCCCACCAUCCACUUUGGCCAGCCCUUCAGCCUCCCUUAGCAGCCUGGACAGUUCUUCUGACACCCCACCCCUUUCUCUCCACCAUCCCUUUUUGCCUUUCUCCUCACAUUCCCCCUCCCAGGGUUCCAUCCCUGUCCCAGAGAUGAGUUGCUCCCCAGUGCCCCUUUCUCCAGCCCAGAGCCCCCAGCUACAGAUUCUCUCAGGGCCCCAGGUUGUUCAGGUGGUCCCCAACCUGCCUAACCCUUCCAGCUCCUCCAGCCCCUCCAGUUCCAGAGGCAUUUGGUCUGUGGUGGAUGGUCCAGUUGAUGCUAGAGAUAGUGUAGGCUCAAUUUUACAGAGGAUCGCUUCCUUCUCCCAGAAUGUUAAUGACAACAGCCCAGCAGCUAUGAUCCAACCUCCUACAGUCCAAAGCAAUGGUGGGUUGCCAUCUGACUUUGGAUGUCCUGCAGAGACCACACACAUGCCUACAUUGAAACAGGAGAAGAAGACACAGAAAGAAACUGCUGGAGAGCUGGAGACGGAGCCGCUCAGCCCAAUGGAGGAGAGAGAGGAGAAGGAGAGGGGCAUGAUGGGACAAGAGCAAGUAGAUGAGAGCAAGUGCCAAGGACAACCGACCAGCAUGGACACCCAGACUUCCACGACACAACAAGAGGAGAACUGUGUGGAGGUCCUUACAGAGCUGGAGGAGAGGGGGAAGGAGAAGGGAAUGGAGGAAGGAGACGUGAAGGAGAUAGAGAUGGAGCUGGAGGCGGAGGUGAAGGUGGAGCUGUGUCCGUCUGUACCAGGCCUGCAGAUGAGCUUCAUCCGAGGCACCGACCUGUUUGGCUACGUGGGCAUCGAGGCAGUGCUGGACCAGAUGAGGCGCAAGACCAUGAAGGCCGGCCUCGAGUUCAACAUCAUGGUGGUUGGUCAGAGCGGUUUGGGAAAGUCCACACUGGUCAACACUCUGUUCAAAUCCAAAGUCAGCCGCAAGUCCUGCACGCCCAACUACGAAGAGAAGAUCUCCAAAACAGUCAAACUGCAUUCAGUCAGCCACGUGAUCGAGGAAAAGGGAGUGAAAAUGAAGCUGACUGUGAUCGACACUCCAGGAUUUGGAGACCAGAUCAACAAUGAGAACUGCUGGGAGCCCAUAGUGAAGCACGUGAACGAGCAGUAUGAGAAAUACCUGAGAGAGGAGCUGCACAUCAACCGCAAGAGGAGAAUACCAGACAGCAGAGUCCACUGCUGCAUCUACUUCCUCCCUGCGACCGGACACAGGUUACGCCCAAUUGACAUUGAGUUCAUGAAGAGGUUGGGAAAGAUAGUGAGCAUCGUACCGGUCAUCGCCAAAGCUGACACACUCACCAUUGAAGAAAGGCAGGAGUUUAAAGAGAGGAUAAGGCAAGACUUGGCAGCCAAUGGGAUUCAUGUUUACCCACAGAAAGAGUACGAUGAGGAUUCAGAGGAACGCAUCCUCAACAACAGGAUCAGGGAAAGCAUUCCCUUUGCUGUGGUGGGAACAGACAAGGAGCACCAAGUGAAUGGAAACAAGGUGCUAGGACGUAAAACAAAGUGGGGAAUCAUUGAAGUUGAAAAUGUGGCACACUGUGAGUUUGCCAACCUGAGAGAUCUCCUCAUCAGGUCUCACUUGCAGGACCUGAAAGACGUGACACACAACAUUCACUAUGAGACCUACCGCGUACGACGGCUCAACGAGAGCAACAUGAACUUCAGCGACCUGGGCCUGUCCUCCUGGCCGCUGGAGAAUGGGACCGCUGACAGAAGUGAAUCAGAGAGCCACCUCUGAUCCUCAUCAGCCUCCUUCUGUCUGCACCUGCCAGAGGAAUGCUGAUGCUCCUCAUCCAAUCACAACGAGAGAUGUGAAAGAGAAAAUUCUUGUUCUUUCACAUGAAAAUGAGAUGGAGAAAAUGAUUCUUUUAUAACUGUUUUUACGUUGUUUGUUGUUUUACAGUAUGGGACAAACUACUGGAUUGUUUUAAAAUGAGAAAUUCCAUUUUUUUACACAGUACAUAGGAAAAGCAUAAAAUGUGGAUUUAUGUGAAACAAAUGUGAGCUCAUAUAUAUUUUCUGGAAGGAUGGUGAUAUAUACAUGGCAGGGUAGAGCAGGCAGGACAACAAAUGAGAGAAAGCAGAAGUCUCCUAAAGGUGUCUGAGCAUCUUGGAUUCAGUUAUAAAACUGUAGACAGUACAGGCCUUAUCAGCCAACAUCAGUGGUGUGAAGACUGAAACCAGAACAGUGGAGGCUGCACAUACAUUACAGCAGCACAUUAUGGUGUCAGCACAUCGCAUUAUACUAUUAGCAUGCGGCUGAAAUGUUUAGAUGUCCUCAUACUUUCUAAAUGUGUCCACAGAUGUGUCAUUCUUCUACAAUAUGAUCCUAAGACACAGCUGAAGAUGCUGGUCAUGUGUUGAAAGUCUUUAGUGCACACAAGUGGCCACAUGCAAGUGCCAAAAUGACUGAAAAAUUAUUAAUUUGUCCAUAUUCUAUCUCUUAUAAAGAGUAACAACACCCAAAAAUAUUACUUGAUUCAGAUAGAAUAUGGUCAUUGAAUUGGUCAUUUAUAUUCACAUUUCACUGGGCCAGGUCAGUUUUAGGAUAGGAUGUUGAUGUGUGAAUUAUAGCAAAGUUUUUAUUAUUAGUCGUGUUUCCAUAUAUGAUUUUUCAGUCUGACAUCCCCUGGUGGACCUCUUUUUUUUCAUUGAAAAAUAAUGAACAUUAUUGUUUUGUAUUGACAAUAUUUCCACUUAAUUCCAACAAUAUUCAUUUAAAUUUUGUGAGAUAUUUCUUUACCCAUUGCAUUGCAUUAUGAUAAUUUUUGCAAGAUUCACAGUAUUUUUCUCAAGGUUUUUUUUUUUUUUUUUAAUAAAACCCUUUACAGUUUUUGUGCAAAAGAUGUUCUGAAUGCCUGUGCAACAUAGAAAAUCACACCUCGACAGCACCUUGUGAAAGUAUAACAGGAUAGAAGUAGUGUGGUUAAAAAAAAAAAAUAUAUCACUUCACUGACAGCACAGAGUUGUCACUCAUCUGAAUCCAGUAUAAACCUUCCUGAACAGAUCAAUAGGACAUAAUAGUGUAGGAAAGCAUCUGGAAAGGUCAGAAUGCAACAGUAUUAACCCUCAGAAACUCUUCCUCUCACAGUAUGGUGCAACAAUCAGUUGUCAGUGAAACUUUUUUUGUGCUCUGUUGCACCUGUAACCAAACCUAAGAGACAUUUAUACAUGACUGCAGCAUGGUGAGGUCAGCAGAAACAACAUUAUCAGCUGUUUCAAAUAAAUUUUCACUUUUAUUUAUUUAUUCCAAAAUCACAAAUUUGCCUCAGAGUUCUUAAAAGUCUGCACAGCACUCGACACCCUCGACCCUUGGACCCUCGCAACGGACACUGAAAACAAACAAUAGAAACCCUUUAACUCCUUUGUGAAGUUGUUCUUUUUAAUGGCAACAAUGAAAAUGUGCCUUAGAACAAUUAUCUGAUAUGGUUGGUAGUUGGAAGAUUUGACAGUUAGUUCUCUUUAAAAAAUAAGUUGAUGGAGGAUUGUCAAUGGUUGGCUUUGUGUGGAAGAAAAGGCCAAAUGAUAAAAAGUGCAUUUUCAGAUUCAUCCAUAUUAGUGUGAGCGUGGCCUUCAAUGUCACGUCAUCAUCCAGCACUGACAGCUUUCGACUCCGGUGUACUCUCUAAUAACUGGACUUGUGCUGUGUUGUAUGUAACGGCCUUAGAGUUAACUAACUGAUUAUCUAUUGUGCUUGAGUGACUAUUCACAUUAUAUACAUUUAGUAGUCUUCAGUUUCUGCAUUUAUUAUUCAGAUACUCCAGUUCAUUAAAGAAAUAUAUUUUAUCCAAGGAAUGUUUUUGGAACAGUGUUCAUGCAUGCUCUCUCUGUUUCACAUUGUACAUUCAUAUUGGCUGCAAGUCUUGGAGCUGGAUUGUAUGUAUAAGGUAUCAAGUUUGACCAUCUGUGCCUUGGUUUUGCUCUCAUGCAUGAUGAGAAUAAUAUUUUCCUCGCUGGCUUCUUUAUCGACAUUAUAGACGCAGGAUGCAACACAACAGCAUGUAGAGGUGUAAGGUUGACUCAGGAAAGUUUAACCUAGUGAUCAGAAUAUAUAAACCUAAUGACUUGGUCAAUACUGGAUUACGGAACAAGAAGAAAACAUUUAUCAUUUGAAAAAAAUGACAUAACUUUAUUGGCUAAAUGUGGCAUAAUCAUUAUAUAUUUUCUCAUUUUAGCAUCAUAUGUUGCAAGUACAAUUAUAGAUUUUCUCAGCCCAAUUUUAUAUAACAAAGCAAAUGUAGCUCUGAGUCUCAGGUCGGGCUUGGGUCUCAAAUCUGGCAGCACAGCCAGGUCCGGUCUUAAAGAAGCAGGUACAGACCAGAUUCAGGACUCAGUUUUACCCUUGUGCAGACCUGUGGUGGUGUGUUUCUGACUGAGAGUUUCUUCUGGGGUGUCCCAUAACGUUGUGAAUCCAAACAUACUGCAGGUAUUCAGUUAAUGAUUUACACCUGUACUUUUUUUUUUUUUUUUUUUUACCAUGACGUUAGAAAGGUCUCAUCAGCUACUCGUGCAGCAGGAUUACUCCUCUAGUGUUUGUAUUUGACACAAUGGCUUGUGAAAUGUUAAAGCCAUUUUUAAUGUAAAGAUGCCCAAGCAUGCUCAGUUCUCUUUCUAUGGAUACAUGAAGAUGAAAAUAUAUUUUUAGAGAAGCUCAGUAGGAUCCUUUCUGUAGCUUAACCACACAUAUGCUCCAGUGAGAGAGGAAACAUAACACUUGCACAUAAUCGGACUUACUGUCUCACCUGAUCUUACUUUGUUCACAAUAACUGGUAUCCACGAUGUAUAAACAGCAUGUCUGAUACAUACAGCGUGUCAAACAUUCAGGGUUUCUGUCCUCUCAGCUCUGCUGCGUGUCCUGAACCUCCACUCUUGUAUUUUAUACUCGGCAUGUACUAACAGUUCCUGUAUGAUUAUUGUCUUUGUUUUUUUUAAUAGUAUUAAUGAUACACAUGUUAACACUGUUGAUUUACAAUUAAAUACUUGUCACCUUA